UCUUUCACGUUCGGUCGCCCAUAUUAAGUAGUAACAGAGAAGAAAAGAUAUCGUAUCCAAAAUUACCAUUCAGUCCAGCCAUGGCAUCGAAGCUUCUAGCUUCCGCUUUCAGCCGAACUUUAGCAAGGACCACCGCCACUGCCGCUUCUCGUGGCUUAUCCACCGCCGCGGCAGCCGUGGCGGUUCCAUCACCCGGACCAGAUGAGGAUCAGGGAGUCAUAACAGUCAAAGGAGUGAAAAUCUCUGCUCGGCCUCUAUACCUAGAUAUGCAAGCAACUUCUCCGGUGGACCCCAGAGUCUUGGAUGCUAUGCUUCCAUACUAUCUCGCGCGUUUUGGAAAUCCUCACUCUCGUACUCAUCUUUACGGCUGGGAGUCCGAUUCUGCCGUGGAGACAGCCAGAUCUCAGGUGGCGGAGCUAAUCGGCGCGUCUCCUAAAGAAAUCGUUUUUACUUCGGGAGCAACGGAGUCUAAUAAUAUUUCGAUUAAAGGUGUGAUGAAAUUUUACAAAGAGAAGAAACGACAUGUCGUUACUACUCAAACGGAGCAUAAGUGCGUGCUUGAUUCUUGCCGCCAUCUUCAACAGGAAGGUUUUGAGGUCACUUACCUACCUGUAAGAAACGAUGGGAUUGUCGAUUUGGAAAAAUUGCGUUCUGCUAUUAGGCCUGAUACUGGACUGGUGUCGGUUAUGGCGGUGAACAAUGAGAUUGGUGUAAUUCAACCGAUGGAGGAAAUUGGGAAAAUUUGUAAGGAAUUUAAUGUGCCAUUUCACACCGAUGCUGCCCAAGCACUGGGUAAGAUUCCAAUUGAUGUGGAGAAAUGGAAUGUUAGUUUGAUGUCAUUGAGUGGACACAAGAUAUAUGGUCCCAAAGGAAUUGGAGCUUUGUAUAUGCGCAGGCGACCUAGAAUUAGAGUGGAGCCCCAAAUGAAUGGAGGUGGACAAGAGAGAGGGAUACGAAGUGGGACUGUGCCCACUCCUUUGGUCGUAGGAAUGGGUGCUGCUUGUGAACUGGCGAAGAAGGAAAUGGAAUAUGAUGAUAAGAGAAUUCGGGCUUUGCAGGAGAGGCUAUUGAAUGGAAUUAAAGCUAAACUUGAUGGAGUUGUGGUAAAUGGUAGUGUAGAGAGGCGAUAUGCAGGGAAUCUGAAUGUUUCUUUUGCUUAUGUGGAAGGGGAGAGCUUGUUGAUGGGAUUGAAGGAUGUGGCUGUCUCUAGUGGGAGUGCCUGCACUAGUGCGAGCUUGGAGCCUUCAUAUGUGUUGAGAGCAUUGGGGGUGGAUGAGGAUAUGGCGCAUACUUCAAUAAGGUUCGGCAUUGGGAGGUUUACCACAGAAGAGGAGAUUGAUAGGGCCAUUGAGCUUACAGUGAAGCAGGUGGAAAAGUUAAGAGAAAUGAGCCCGCUUUAUGAGAUGGUGAAGGAAGGGAUUGAUAUUAAGCAGAUCCAGUGGGCACAACACUGAUAGACGAUUACAGGAAGCUACAAAUAUAAGGUAAGUGAGACAGUUUGGAAAAUGGAUUUUAUCCUGGACGAAGACGCCCCAUCGAGCUGGAGCCGUCAAAACGCACGGGUUCUGAUAGACGGGUUAUCAUACAGGUUCUUACUUUCUGCUGUACUUGUACAUGCUCUUGAGAAGUUUCCUAGGUAAACUAGGUAGAAUUUUGGUCCUAGUUGUUUUCUUAAACUUAAAACUAUGUGGAAUUAUCUUCUAUGUAUGAGCAUAACAUAAUUUAACAACAGGAAUAAUAAGGUACGCUUCCGCUGCAGAUGUGGAAGUUAUUUUCUGUUGUAUCUUUACCUCAUUGAUUUCUCUUAUGGUGUUAUGCUUAAUUCACUUGUGAAUAGAUUAUAUUUGCGCAGUC